UUUCUUGCAUCUAUCAACUCUUUAUGAAACCUUUGGUAACGUAAUUUCAUUUUAAAUUUUUCAGUCUCCAUUUAUAGAAACUAUGGCAAAAACUCGAGCUGAGAUUCAGCAUGCAUAUAGAGAACGCAAAAAGGCAAACGAGGGAGAGAAAUACCUGAAGAAAGAAAGAGAAAGAAGAAAGGUCAAUUAUAUUCCAUCAAGCCAACUUAGUGAAAAAGAGCGAAAGAAAAGAAACAAAAUAAAUAAAGAACGUUUGAAGAAACACAGAGAAAAGAAGAAACAAAUGUUACUUGAAAUAGACAGGGAAAAUAGAGAUAUGGAGUCCACAGAUGUUCAAGAAACAAGUGGAUAUGAUAGUCAAGAACCUUCUACCUCAAGUGAAAGAUUAGUUGUAAGACUAGGAUUCCCAAAUGUUCGUAGAAGAGGUCCCAAGAAAAGAAUAGCAAAGGCUUUAUCCAGAGCACACAGAAGAAUUGUAAGUCUCAACAGAGAAAAGGCUGCAUUUUUGAGAAAAUACAGAUCAGCAAAGAAACAAGUGACAAGAUUGAAAAAAAAAAAAACCGCCAGAUAGAGAGAUAACUGGAACCCCUGAGACACCAAGAAGUAAAACAGAGGCUCUAAUGUAUCACGCAAAGCUAACAAAUGAACAAGCAUCAAGUGUACGAAAGGAACUGCUAUUUAGUAAUGUUGUGUUACACGAAUUAAAGGAGUCCAGGAUGAAAUCUGGAAAUAAAACUAUCCUUCACAGAGUAGCAGCUGGCAAAAUCUUAAAGAAAUAUCGAUGCAUUAAAAUGAUGAGUGUUAAAACAGGAAUGAGUAAAAACUCUUUGGCAAGUGUGAAGGACAAAUCCCUUACACUAAAAAAGAAAAGAAGAUCCAGAAUAAUACAGAAUUUGCAACAAAAUCUACUUGAAUUGUAUGAGCGUGAUGAUAACAGUCAGUGUCAACCAGGAAAGUCCGAUACUAAGACAAUACAUGGAGUAAAAAUACAAAAGCGAAUACUGACUGAUUAUUUGGCCAAUUUGCACGUGAAGUUCCUUUUGGAAAGCCCAACAAUAAAAAUAUCAAUGGCGUCGUUUUGCCGAGCCAGACCUAAACAUGUCCUUCUUACUUCUUUCAUCACUAGGAGUACGUGCUUAUGCACUAAACAUCAAAACAUGGCCCUAAAAAUCAAAGCUAUUCGCAAGGAAGGCGUCAAUGUACCUAUUAAUCCAGAAACAUUUGUAAAAGAAAGCCAUGAUUGUGAUGAAUAUGAGCUUCCGGAAAAUGUUACCUACAGCCAAUGGAAGAGGGUAGAAAUCGAAGAGAAAAACAAAAGGAAAUCUGUAAUGCGAAUUGUCCAAACUGUUGUACCAAAAGAAACGUUCUUGGAUAUUUUGAAGAAAGAGGCAGUGGAAUUUAGAGACCACAUCACAAGAGUAAAGAUACAGUAUGAAGCAAUCCGAACAUUAAAAGAAAAUCUCCCUCAGCACCACAUCAUACUACAAAUGGAUUUUGCGGAAAAUUACAGUUGCAACACCAUGGAAGAGAUCCAAAGUGCGUAUUUUAAUAAGACAGGCGUUACAAUUCAUCAAGUUGUCUGCUAUUAUCGUGGAAAUGAUGGUUCUUUGGAACAUAAGAGUUUUGUCGCCAUUUCAGAUGUUCUGAGUCACGUCUCAUCGACUGUUAUAGCAAUUAUAGAGACGAUCAUCCCAUAUAUAAAGGAAAUCGACCCAGAUGUCAAAGUACUGCACUACUGGACUGAUAGUCCUAUAAGUCAGUACCGAAACAGGUUUAUUUUCAAUUUUGUAGCUAACCACCACAGCCUAUUUGGUAUCCAUGCCCGCUGGAAUUAUUUCGAAGCGGGGCAUGGAAAGGGGCCUUGUGACGGUCUGGGUGGUUCAGUUAACCAGUUAGCUGGUGAAGCUGUUGGACAUGGAAAAGCCACCAUACAGGAUGCAACUGACUUUUUUCUCUGGGCCAACAAUUCAAACAUGGCGUCUGUAAAAUUUAUCUUUGUUUCUUCAGAAGAAUGUGACAAAAUUUCAGAUCAAAUUAAAUCGCUGAAAAUAAGACCUGUAAAGAGUAUCAUGCAUAUCCAUGUAGUCAUUGGCAAAGGGGAUUCAAAGGUAUUGGUAUGCAACGUCACCUGCUUUUGUGACAUUUGCAUCUCUGGUUCAGAUUGCAAUGACUGGCGACAAGAAUGUCUUUGUGAACUGACAACAAAUGCAACAAUCUCUUUUUCACAAGAACAGAAUGUCAAAGUUCUACAAGAGCCAACACCAGACGAAUCUGGUAUGGUCUUAGAGGAAUCACAGAAAAGAUAUAUUGAUAUACAAGACUUGAGGCGGGAUCUAUUCAUAGCUGCUAUGUAUGGAAAUAAAUGGUACAUAGGCAAAAUACUGCAAGUUGAGAAGGAUGCGAGUAACUUGCCAGUGGAAGUUUCAUUUAUGAAACAAAGUAGGCAGAUGUUUCAAUGGCCCCCACGUCCAGAUGUCAUACAACAUGCACCUCGGGCACGUUGUCACAGUUACAGACUUUCAGACUAGUGACACUGCCAGAACUAAUCCAAACUGUGGGUUUUUUAUUGCACAUAUUAUUACAACUGCAGUGCCAUUGUGUAUGCAGGCGCAGUUCAGGGUGUGGGUUUCAGGGAUCGGCCCCUCCCACCCCCUGCUUAAGCAAAUGUCAUUCGUUUGCAAUAUAUUAUUCAGGGGAGCAUGACUCGAACCCCUUAUAAACUUAGCAUGCCUAUCUAGACCACCACUCCAACUUGCUAAAGUUCUGUAACGGGGACUAAAUAUUUGGCCGUUUGUAUAUAAAUAACAUAUUUUAUUUAUUACUACUAAUAUUUAUUUUAGGAUUCUAUUUAUUUUAUUAUAGAAUAUUCUCAAUCUGCGUUGAGAAUAUCAUAUUGGUACAUUAGACAAAACCUUUUAUGGUUGUUUCUCGCCAUACUGGCUAGGGACGAGCCGUUGGUUGAUUCUAUCCAAUGGUUAUGUGUAUUUGAUGUCACGUGAUCGUGAGUCAGGUCCGUGCAGCGCUGAGUGUAGACAGUGACAGUACACGUUACAUACUUACGACUUGCCGUUACCUUUUCCUUUUCCUGAGCCUUUCGUUAUCUUCAGACUUUCUUUUGGCACUUCCAGGUUUGACUAAUAUGCAUGUAUUAAUUGUUAUAAUGUUUAUCUCAUUAUUUUAGAUAUAUGUAAAUGUAAUACAUAAUGUGGAAAAGUGUUUAAACGUCCAUAAUUAAGGCUAGGUAAAUACGUUUUAAAUAUUGAAUUCACUAAACACACUAAACGAAUAAAUAUAUAUAUAUGGACGAGUUAACUUUAUAAACAGUAAUAAAGUAAAGGUGUUGGAUAUAUACUAUUAAAGGUAUGAAUAUAGAUAGAGGCGCAAGUUAAUUGUAUAAGCAGAAUUAGUGAUUAGUGUUGGAUGAGGAGAUGUCUAAUUGCUGUAGUUUUAUUAUCCAUUUGAGUGGUAGCUUAUAUUUUACCCAUUUAUUCACAGGAUGAAGGCCAGGUACAUGUAGUAGUGUUAUCAUCCUAUACGGUUCAUCGCCCACAGCGAAGAACCACGCGUAUGGUGUGAUAGAAAGAA